AUGGCCGAAGAAACUACUACAAAGAAGCUCAAGACCUCCCCACCCGUCCUCGGAACCCAUAACGGUCAUUUCCAUGCCGACGAAGCUCUCGCUGUUUACCUUCUCCGUCUGCUCCCCACGUACUCAUCUUCUCCUCUUGUUCGUACCAGAGAUCCGGCCCAGCUUGAGCAAUGUCACACCGUUGUCGAUGUCGGUGGGGAGUAUGAUCACUCCCGCAACCGCUAUGAUCAUCACCAACGGACUUUCGCGACCUUCUUCCCCAACCAUGAAACAAAACUCUCGUCUGCUGGAUUAGUUUACAUGCACUUUGGUCGUGCGAUUAUUGCCCAGCAUACCGGAUUGCCGCUAGACCACGAAGAUGUCUCCAUUUUGUACGAGAAGCUUUACACCAGCUUCAUUGAGGCCAUCGAUGCCAACGACAACGGUAUCUCCUCUUACGACCCCGCAGCUAUCGCAUCCGCUGGUAUUGAGAAAAGGUUCAAAGAUGGUGGGAUUACAAUCACCUCCGUGGUGGGCGAUAUGAACAAUCCGGACCCUACCUGCCCGGAAGAGCCCCAAGAUGAAGACAGUCUCUUUAGUCGUGCAAGCACUUUCAUUGGAAACGUCUUCACCCGCAAGUUGCACCACGCCAGCACAUCUUGGCUACCCGCCCGCACGACCGUCCGUGAUGCGUAUCACUCGCGACGGGACGUCCACUCCUCCGGCCGCAUCAUCGUGUUGCCCAAGGCUGGCAUCCCCUGGAAGGAGCAUCUGUACAAUUUCGAAAAGGAGGCUUCGGGUAAUGGAGAUACCAUCCCUGAGAAUGAGGUCUUCUAUGUUCUCUACGCCGAAAGUACCGCAGAGGACGCUAAGUGGCGGGUGCAGUGUGUCUCGACCUCCGAAAGUAGCUUCGAGUCUCGCAAGCCUCUGCCUGAGUCGUGGCGUGGUGUUCGUGACGCGGAUCUGGACGGCGUCAUUGCCACAGAGGCAAAUAAGUCUGGCAAGCCUAAGAUUCCCGAGGGUGCCAUCUUCACCCACGCGAGUGGGUUUAUCGGUGGCCACAAGAACAAGGAGGGUGCUUUUGCCAUGGCCGUGCGGAGCUUGGAGCAGUAA